AUGAAGAAGGCCUUUGAUAUCAUCCAAGAUACCUGCCGCAACGUUACCAGUCUAGCGCAGGAGAAUAUCAUCUGGAUGGCGCUUGAGUCGAAUAGUCCCGAGCUGGAGGUGUGGAAGGGGCUUUGUGAGGAAGUUCUGAGGUUGUUGAGUGGGAGGUGGGGGGUUGCUGGUGUUUAUCUGGAGUUGCUGAAGGUUAGCAAGGCGAGGGAUGAUGAAUGA